CUCUCCGAGUGCACCAAGUCAUUUUGCUCUCCUUCCCCGGAAGACCCGGCUGAAAAUCCGGAAAAAGAAUCGGGAAACGCCAGGAGGCAUACUGCGCUUGCGCACGGAGGGGCCGGAAGUCGAGGCGGGAGUGACUCUGCUUCCGUUUCUGGUUUUGCUCUAGUGUUUGGGUUUCUUCGCGGCCGCUCAGGAUGAACCGACUCUUCGGGAAAGCGAAACCCAAGGCUCCGCCGCCCAGCCUGACUGACUGCAUUGGCACGGUGGACAGCAGAGCAGAAUCCAUUGACAAGAAGAUUUCUCGAUUGGAUGCUGAGCUAGUGAAGUAUAAGGAUCAGAUCAAGAAGAUGAGAGAGGGUCCUGCAAAGAAUAUGGUCAAGCAGAAAGCCUUGCGAGUUUUAAAGCAAAAGAGGAUGUAUGAGCAGCAGCGGGACAAUCUUGCCCAACAGUCAUUCAACAUGGAACAAGCCAAUUAUACCAUCCAGUCAUUGAAGGACACCAAGACCACGGUAGAUGCUAUGAAACUGGGAGUAAAGGAAAUGAAGAAGGCAUACAAGCAAGUGAAGAUCGACCAGAUUGAGGAUUUACAAGACCAGCUAGAAGAUAUGAUGGAAGAUGCAAAUGAAAUCCAAGAAGCACUGAGUCGCAGUUAUGGCACCCCAGAACUGGAUGAAGAUGAUUUAGAAGCAGAGUUGGAUGCACUGGGUGAUGAGCUUCUGGCUGAUGAAGACAGUUCUUAUUUGGAUGAGGCAGCAUCUGCACCUGCAAUUCCAGAAGGUGUUCCCACUGAUACAAAAAACAAGAGACUCAUUCUGUCACUCAGGCUGGAGUGCAGUGGCGUGAUCUCAGCUCACUGCAACCUCCGCCCCCCUGGUUCAAGCAAUCCUCGUGCCUCAGCCACCCCAGGUAGCUGGGAUUACAGGAUGGAGUUCUGGUGGAUGAAUUUGGAUUGCCACAGAUCCCUGCUUCAUAGAUUUGCAUCAUUCAAGUAUAUCUUGUAAAACAAACACAUAUUAUGGGACUAGGAAAUAUUUAUCUUUCCAAAUUUGCCAUAACAGAUUUAGGUUUCUUUCCUUUCUUUGAAGGAAAGUUCAAUUACAUUGCUCUUUUAUUUUUUCCAUUAAGAGACUCAUUGCUUGGGAAAUGCUUUCUUCAUACUAAAAUUUGAUUCCUUUUUUUCUUAUGAAAAACGAACUCAGUUUAAAAGUAUUUUUAGCUCGUAUGACUUGUUUUCAUUCAUUAAUAAUAAUUUGAAAUAAAACUAAGGAAAUGGAAUCUUAAAAGUCUAUGACAGUGUAACUCUACAGUCUCAAAAUGACCUGAUAAAUUGAUAAGACAAAGAUGAGAUUAUUGGGGCUGUUCAUAUUAUGAUUCAGAAUCAUUUUCUAUUGUGGUAUUAUAGGUUGGUUAAAGUGAUGUCCUUUUUGAUGGGUUUUGUUGUGUCUUGUGAACAAGUCAUUACUGUGUCCAUUAUUGGAAUGGAAUUAUCACUACUGUAUCAUGAGUGGGUAUUUUGAUUCUAUGGUUCCCUCAGCAUUACAUCUUGACUUGUAAUCAAUAAUGAAUAUUUCUUGAUAUUUAAUGUAUAGGACAUUUAUUUAUACUCAAUAAAUAUUUUUCAAAAGGA